AUGCUCCCUGCCUCGGCCAGGAGGAUAAUGGCCGCUCAAGUCAAGCGCGUCCCCAUCCCCCCCAGAGGGGUGGACUAUCGCGGGAAAGUGGUGCUUGCGCCAAUGGUGCGCUCAGGCGAACUUCCGUCGAGAUUGCUCGCUCUGCACUACGGAGCCGAUUUAGUUUGGGGUCCUGAAACCGUCGACCGUGCCAUGAUUGGGUCGACGAGACGCUUCAACCACGAUGCCGGUGUCAUUGAAUGGACAAGACCGCCCUCCCAAGGCCACCAGAAACCACCCGGGGUCGCUCAGGAAAGCGUCAUUUACCGAGUGUUCCCCGAGAAGGAGGCGAGCAAGCUCAUCUUCCAGAUUGGGACCGCAGACCCUGAACGAGCCGUCCAAGCCGCCCGACUCGUCGCGGCCGACGUCGCUGGCAUCGACGUCAACGCCGGCUGCCCUAAACCCUUCAGCACCAGCGGCGGCAUGGGUGCAGCUCUUCUCCAAACACCAGACCGGCUGGUCGCCAUCUUGGAGGCCCUGGUGAAGAACAUUACGCCAGAGUUUGAGAUUGGCAUCAGCGUCAAGAUUCGUAUCUUGGAGACCCCCGCCGCGACGGAAGCCUUGGUACGACGGCUCGUCGCCACCGGCAUAACCGGCUUGACAGUGCACUGCCGGACGACGCCCAUGAGGCCGAGGGAACGCGCCAUCAGAGAUCAGCUGAGCAUGAUUGCGGGGGUCUGCCGCGAAGCCGGAGUGGCGUGCCUCAUGAACGGCGAUGUCGAGACAAGAGACCAGGGCCUCAAGCUGGCGGAAGAGUACGGCGCCGACGGAGCCAUGAUUGCCGUCGCCGCCGAGAGAAACCCGAGCUGCUUCCGGAGCGAUGCCGACGGUGGCCUUCUCCCUUGGCAGACCGUCGUGGAACGGUACCUAGAGCACGCCAUGCAGGUCAGCAACCGCUUCAGCAACACCAAGUACCUCCUGGCCCAGAUGGUCCCCGGCAAAGCGAAACUCUACCCGUCGGUCUUGCAAGCCAAGAGCUACACCGACGUGUGCAAGACCUUGGGGUUUGCAGGCCUCGUCGAUCGAGCGCAGGAUGUCGACAUUGACAGAGGCCUCGACAAGCCGAGGGAGAAGACGUCGAAAAAGGCGAGAAAGAAUGCGAGUGCCUUGGCGGCCGGUGGGAAAAGGACUGCUGCACCCACGCGAAAAGCGCUAUCCGACCGCAAUGUCGGGUCCAAAGCUGACCUCCCGGAACCAGCAGCCGUGGCUUCUGUCGUCUAG